GUGAGUUCAGUACACAACCCACUGACGCUGCAUUAUUAUUUCUAAACAUUUGAAGUGGGUUUGUAUAUAAAAACGAUGUCUCCAUGGAUCCUGUUCGUUCUGCUGUGCGCCCCUCCUUCAGUUCGGGCGGCUUCGAAGCCUAAUUUCGUCCUAAUGAUGGUGGAUGAUCUGGGAAUAGGAGACCUUGGAUGCUAUGGAAACACCACUCUGAAGACCCCUCACAUCGACAGACUGGCAGAGGACGGAGUGAAGCUGACCCAGCACAUCGCCGCCUCUCCUCUGUGUACACCCAGCAGAGCUGCCUUCCUCACCGGCAGAUACCCCAUACGCUCAGGAAUGGCCAGUCAAGGUCUUGUCGGGGUGUACAUUAUCUCGGCGGUAUCCGGUGGCCUUCCUAAGGAAGAGAUUACUUUCGCCAAGGUCCUGAAAGCACAAGGCUAUGCAACAGCUCUGAUUGGAAAAUGGCACUUGGGCCUAAAUUGUAAGCACAACACUGAUCACUGCCACCAUCCCAGCACUCAUGGCUUCGAGCACUUCUACGGCAUUCCCAUGACCAACCUGCGCGACUGUCAGUCAGGCCACGGCUCCAUCCUUUUCAACGUCCGAACUCACAUUCCCUACAGAGCGCUGGCCAUCGCUCUCGCCACCGUGCUUGUUCUGCAUGCUAAAGGACUUGUUCUCAUUACCCGCAGGCUCGUUCUAUGCCUGGGGCUGAUGCUGUUUAUAGCAAUAGCUCUGUUUUUCCUGUGGGUGCUCCUGUUCCCUUACUUUAACUGCUUCUUAAUGAGAGGAGACGAGGUGGUGGAGCAGCCAUUCAUAUCCGAGAAUCUCACACAGAAGAUGACCAACGAAGCCAUCGAGUUCCUGGAGAGAAAUGCUGAGAGACCAUUCCUGCUCUUUUUCUCCUUCAUUCAAGUUCACACAGCUUUGUUUGCCUCUCCUCGCUUCCGCGGUCAAAGCCAGCACGGGCUGUACGGAGAUGCGGUCAUGGAGGUGGACUGGAGUGUAGGUCAGAUAAUGAAAACUUUGGAGCGGCUGAAGCUAGAGGAUAACACGUUGGUUUAUCUGACCUCCGAUCAAGGCCCACACUUGGAGGAAAUAUCCAUCCAUGGAGAAGUGCACAGAGGUUACAACGGAAUAUAUAAAGGAGGGAAAUCAACGAAUUGGGAAGGAGGGAUCCGGGUGCCGGGGAUCCUUCACUGGCCGGGGAAACUACCAGGAGGGAGGGUCAUCGAUGAGGUCACAAGUAACAUGGACCUCUUCCCUAGCGUGGUGAAAUUAGCCGGAGCUAGUGUACCCAGUGAUAGAGAACUAGAUGGACAUGACCUCAUUCCAUUGCUGCAGGGUCGAGUGCAACAUUCAGAACAUGAAUUUCUGUUUCAUUACUGCAAUGCUUUCCUGAAUGCAGUGAGGUGGCACCCCACAAACAGUACCUCAAUAUGGAAAGCUUUUUUCUUUACUCCCAAUUUCUACCCCGAAAACUCGACCGCCUGUUUCCACACACACGCAUGCUUCUGCACUGAGGCCUACGUAACCCACCACGACCCUCCGCUGCUCUACGAUCUGUCGAAGGACCCAUCUGAAAUGAACCCGCUCACCCCGGACACGGAGCCCAACUUCGGCGCCGUGCUGGAGGUGAUAAUGGAGGCGAAAAGGGCGCACAUGCAGAGUGUUAAAGCAGUCGAGGACCAGCUCGCACCCGCACACAUGUUGUGGAAGCCCUGGCUCCAGCCAUGCUGCUCCUCCCUCCACCAGCUGUGCAUGUGCCAACGAGACCGGCAGAGUGGGAUUGUGGGAAAUGCGCCAGACGAGCAGGGAAAGUUUUUUGCCUAGUGAAAGGCACACAAUUCUUUGUAUACUGUAGGUACAGUGGAUAUUCCAAAACACUCGUAAUUCAAAGCAAUUUCCCCUAAGAAAUAAUGGAAACUCAAA